GACUGCCAUUUUUUUAUGACCGGCACCUGUCGCAACGGUGACCAAUGUCCGUUCAGGCACAGCGAAGGCGCACGCGCCACGCAAGAAAUCUGCGCAGCAUUCAAGCAAACAGGAAAAUGUUCUCAGCCAGACUGCGGCAAACGGCACAUAACAGAGCCCAGCGCCCGGCCGGCCAAAACACCGAGCGAAGUGCCGUGCAGAUACGAGGAAGCCGGCGGAAAAUGUACCCGGACCGAUUGCAUUUACAAACAUGCGGCUAAA